AUGUCUUCCUCGUCGUCUUCUUCGUCGGAGUCACCAUCGAGGUCUACUAGUCGACACCGCGAGAGAAAAAGUGAUGGAAAGCUCCGACGGCAUAAAUCAAAAAGUCAUUCAAGCAGCAGAAGUCGGGUAGGUAAGAACAGGAGACACUCAAAUAAAGAGAGAUCAAGAGAGAGAGAGAGAACCAGCAAAGACAGUGAGAGGCAUAAACAAAGGUCGAGACAAAGAAUUAGAUCUUCAGAAAGAAAAAAUAAUAGACCCAGAGAGGAAGAGCGAGAGAGGGAUAAAGGAAAGGAGAAAUAUAGAAGAAAAGAAAGGUCAUCUGCACAUUCCAGGUAUGAUAAAAAAGAAAACAGGUCUAAAGAAAGUUCACCUGAAACCCAGAACUAUCAGCACAGCACUCGUUCAAAGGAAGAUAGAAUCCAGAAAGCAUUGAAAAAUGCAGCGGCUGACGACGAGGAAUUAAGAAUUAAUAAAACGACCAGCACAUCACUAAAUGGAUCAUCAUUUGAAGAUCAACAAUGCAGAAUCGAUAGGAUUAAUGAGAUAGACAGUGGGGAUUUUGUUCAGUCCAGGUUUAAAAGUAGCAGAUCUGAUAUUCCAUUGCCAAAAGGUAGUCAGAUUGAUUCUUCUCACGCGUCGGCCAUGUUUUCCAGCACAUCCCUACAGACUCUGUCUAUUUCUAAGCCCCCACUACUGGUGAAUGAUGAUGAGAAGUUGACAAAGUGGAAGAUCAAGUUGAGGGGUAUGAGAGAGAAGGCAGCGAGGAGAAGAUUCGUCUAA